ACACGGCGAGGCUGCUGUGCGCGCGAUAUCCUAAAUUAAUAUUCACUAACUUUAUAUAAUAACGAGAGCACGGUGAAAAGGAUUUAUUCCAAAUCUAAAGCUCGUCGAAUUUUAGCGCUGUGAUCAAAUCUACUGGAAAGAUGCCAGUCAACGGGCAGCCGCUCUCGCCGGGGCUUUUAUUUUGAAAGGCCGGCGCCGUUCUCCAGCUGAACGUGAGUCAUUUCCUGUGGCUGUUGGUGUCGCUUAUUGCUGCUGUCGGGACGGAAGAGUGGUUGCAGGUGUCAGAACUGUAAACAGUAGUGGGAGAUGGCUGCAAAUGGAGCAGAAUGUGAACAGCCACAGAAAAGACUAGGACCUAAAGACAAGCAGAAUGGCAGUUCUACAGAUUCAUCUCUGAGAGAGAGAAAGCAGCUGGACAGGGAAGAGCGUCUCUCUUUAGUACUGUGGAAGAGGCCUUUAACCACACUGCAGUAUUUCUGCAUAGAAACCCUCAUUACCCUGAAAGAAUGGACGUGGAAGCUUUGGCAGAGAAGAGGUGUGGUAUUUUUGACCAUAGUCCUUUUUUCAUUUUUCUCAAUGGCUUACUCAAUAGAAGGAGCACAUCAAGAGUAUGUACAGUACCUGGAGAAGAGGUUCCUGUGGUGCGCCUACUGGGUAGGCCUGGGUAUUUUGUCUUCAGUCGGUCUCGGCACUGGACUGCACACUUUCCUUCUGUACCUGGGUCCACACAUAGCUUCCGUCACCCUGGCUGCAUAUGAAUGUGGCUCUGUGAAUUUCCCCGAGCCGCCCUACCCAGCCCAGAUAGUGUGUCCGGAGGAGGAGGUCCUGCAGGAGAGCGUCUCACUAUGGACCAUCAUGUCGAAGGUUCGCCUGGAGGCCUGUAUGUGGGGUGCAGGCACAGCUAUUGGAGAGCUGCCUCCUUACUUCAUGGCACGGGCGGCGCGGAUGUCUGGAGCAGAUCCUGAUGAUGAAGACUAUGAGGAAUUUGAGGAGAUGCUGGAGCAGGCUCAGAGUGCACAGGAUUUUGCAACAAGAGCCAAGCUUGCAGUGCAAAACAUGGUGCAGAAAGUGGGAUUUUUUGGCAUUCUAGCUUGUGCCUCCAUCCCGAAUCCCUUGUUUGACCUGGCUGGAAUCACCUGCGGUCAUUUCCUGAUUCCAUUCUGGACCUUUUUUGGAGCGACUCUCAUCGGAAAGGCCAUUAUUAAGAUGCACAUUCAGAAACUAUUUGUUAUCAUAACAUUCAGCAAGCACAUAGUGGAGCAGAUGGUCUCUCUGAUCGGUAUUAUCCCUGGAAUCGGAGCAUCUCUUCAGAAACCUUUCAGGGAGUACUUGGAGGCCCAGAGAGCCAAGCUUCAUAACCCAGCAGGCAAUGGAGCAACAGCAGGUGAAAGCUGGCUCUCGUGGGUUUUUGAGAAAGUGGUGCUGGUCAUGGUGUGCUAUUUUAUUCUGUCCAUCAUUAACUCCAUGGCACAGAGCUACGCCAAGCGUCUCCAGCAGAAGAAGUACUCAGAGGAGAAAACAAAAUGACGGACUCACAGAGAACCAUCUCACACUCCUGUUUUGGAACCUACGAAAUAUUUAAGCUAAAACUGCUUCAUGAGCACUGAUUUAUGUGCGCUUCUGUAUGUUAACGUUCAUUCAGAUCCCUUUAGUUACGUGGAGUCCCUCUUCAUUCGUCUGUAGUGUGCUCGGCUAUUUAAAAUCAGAUUAAACAUGGAGGUUUUUGUCUAGUCUAACAGUCUAGCUAACAGGCUGUGUGGAGUCAUAUUUGUUGCAAUGCCUUAUGCAACAUUUGGAGGUCAUGCUUCCAUUGAAGUGAAUACAGUUCUUAAUCAAUAGAUUGAUUUAUUUAAUUUCUAACAUGCUGGUAUGGAUGGGCAGGGUCUGUUUUGUGAGGUUUCGUGAUUGGAAUUUUCAGGGAUAGUUUUUUUUUUAAUCGAUAUUGAUGUCAUUUUGUAUUUCUUUAACUGUUUGAAGAGGAUAGCAAUAUCAACUCAGAUCAUCGUGGUUUCUAAAUAGUUUGCACAUCUUGUAAAAUAACGUUUUUGACUAUGCGCACAUGAUGUUCAUUCUCUGGUCUUAAACCGAAACGUCACAAACUAGUGGAUGUAACUUUUAACCCUGACGAAAUUUAAGAUGUAAUAUUUGCAUAUGUUUGUGCAUUUUGAUCUAAAACUAUAAGUUGAUCCAUACUUUUCUCUUAUUUUGGGCUGAAGUAUUUGUGUAGCUAAUUAUGAUUUUUUCCCCCCAGAACUAUUGUUACAUAAUUUGUUUGACAUUAAAUUCAUUAAUACA